AUGCAAACCCCGUCCGCAUCAACCUUCUCCCUCCGCCUCCAUCACCCGGACGACCGCCCCGACACUCCCCCGUCGCCUCUCUCCGCCGCGACCAAAGCCUUCAUCAUCUCUGGCAUUGACAAGCGCACCGGCGCCGACCGCAUAGUCUGCGAAUCCUGCUUCGAGCAGCUCGACGAGGCCCAGCGAACGAAUCUGAGGGCCGCCCCCUGGUCCGAGGGAUGUCUUCUCUGCGAAGUCAAGGAGGAUAAGCCCGAGGCGUACACGCGGCCCUUUUGCGAUUUCUUGACGGAGAAUCCGACCGUUUUUCAUGCUGUUCAAUAUUUCAAGGAGAAGCUGAGCGCUGCUGGCUUUGAAGAGCUCCCCGCGAGAGAUCAAUGGCUCGGACAGAUUAGACCAGGCGGAAAGUACUGGGUUACAAGGAACGGAAGCUCCCUCAUCGCUUUUACCGUCGGCCGCGCCUACGUUCCGGGAUCUGGCGUCGCCAUGAUUGCUGGACACAUCGACGCCUUGACGGCGAGGCUAAAGCCUAUUAGCAAGAAGCCCAACAAGGCCGGAUACCUUCAGCUUGGCGUGUCUCCGUAUGCUGGAGCGUUGAACCACACUUGGUGGGAUCGUGAUCUCGGCAUUGGCGGCAGGGUCAUUGUCAAGGAUCCUGAGACAGGCAAGACGUCUAUCAAGCUUGUGAAGCUCGGCUGGCCCAUUGCCCGCGUGCCCACCGUAGCACCCCACUUCGGCGCCGGUAUGAUGGGCCAAAACAACAAAGAAACCCAAGCCGUCCCCAUCAUCGGCCUCGAAGACCGCAAGCCCACCUCCGACGCCCCCGAAACCCUCGGACCCGCCGGCUCCUUCGCCAGCACCCAACCCCCCCGCCUCGUCAAGCUCAUCGCCAAAGAACUCGGCAUCACCGACUACUCCCUCAUCCUCAACUGGGAGCUCGAGCUCUUCGACACGCAGCCCGCGCAGACCGGCGGCCUCGAUCGCGAAUUCAUCUUCGGCGGCCGCAUUGACGACAAGCUCUGCAGCUGGCCGGCUCUCAUCGCGCUCCUCUCCGCCUCCGAACCCGAAACCGCCUCCACGAUCAAGCUCGUCGCGCUCUUCGACGACGAGGAGAUCGGCUCGCUUCUCCGCCAGGGCGCCCGCGCCAACUUCCUCCCCAUCGUGAUCGAACGCACCGUAGAGGCCCUCUGUGCCUCCUCCCGCACGCCCUUCGGCCCCGGAAUCGUAGGCCAGACCUACGCGCGCUCCUUCCUCGCCUCCGCGGACGUCACCCACGCCGGAAAUCCCAACUUCCUCAACCUCUACCUCGACGAACAUGUCCCCCGCCUCAACGUCGGCGUGGCCAUCUGCGCCGACUCCAACGGCCACAUGACCACCGACGCAGUCUCCACGGCCAUCCUGCGCCGCGUCGCCGAGCUCGAGGGCUGCGAAACGCAGAUCUUCCAGAUCAGGAACGAUACGAGGAGCGGCGGGACCGUGGGGCCCGCGCUUUCGAGCGCCAUGGGGGUCAGGGCGGCGGAUUUGGGACUGCCGCAGUUGAGUAUGCAUUCGGUUCGGGCGACGACGGGGGCCUUGGAUCCGGGGUUGGGGGUUAAGUUUUUUAGGGGAUUUUUGGAGAGGUGGGAGGAGGUUGAUGGGGAGUGGAAUUAG